GCCGGCCCUCGCGUCGAAGAGGCCGUUCGCGCCGCGUCACGCCGCAAAACAUGUCGUGCUCUACGUAAGAUGCACGGUUGUUUGACGUGCUGUGUCCUUGCUGUGUCCGUACAAGCUAUCCGCACUGACUAACUCUUAGUGGCUCUCCCAGACCCUACAUCAACCGCGUAACCUUCACAAUCCGUUCCUCAAAACUAGUGUGUGAUACUUUACUUUCAAUCUAAUCCAACAACAGAAUCUCCUAUUCACGUUACACACGAAGUAACUUCCGAUGUUCAAGUUUAGACUGACAUAUUAUUUCUUUAUUCGCCAAAUAUCAAGACUGAUCUCUAGCUUUCUUACUUAUAUCUCAGUGCCAAGUGCUUGAAGUACGGAGUGACGAGACCGAAUGGUGGUUAUAAAGUGUCAAGUGAAGUGUUACAAAGUGUUGCUUGCAUUGAAUAGUGAGGUGGUGACGGCACCAAGGUGGUCGGAGGAGGGUUGUUCCGUUGCUGCGUGCCCUGGUGUGGGGCGCGCGGUGCGGCAACUGAUGAUGCUGACUAUGCCUUAAGAGUUAGUCCACAGCCUUCGCAGGAAGAAACCGUCACUCCGGAGCCAGUGAUAAACUCCCCUCGUCCUAUUGGUCAGCAAUCUCCUUUACCGGGUAUAGAAGAAGAGGACGAUUCCGAUUGGCCUCUAGAAGACGCCACAGACGCAACAUUCACGCCAUCCUAUAAGAGUACGAGAAGUAGUACAGAUACUGCAUUCACUUCAUCAAGAAGUUCUGGCAAAAAACGUUUCGGUAGUCCAUCAUCAGUUAAGAUAUGCAUAUCAGCAGCAGCAAGGAAGUCCAAUAAGGCCCGAAAGCGUGGCUCAGCAACUGUUGGUGCUUCACCUUCUGGCCAGGGUGGAGACGAAGUGCUUCCUAAUCAACAAUUCGCCAGGAUGCAAGCUGAACAAGGCAGUAUCGGAGAACUACAAAAGUACCAUGGAAGGUAUCUUAAGAGCCGACGGCAUACCCUCGCCAAUGUUCGUUUCGAUGUGGAGAACGGGGGUGCAGGUGGCGCGGCGGGAGGGGCUCGUUCGCCUCUCGAGGGUGGCUCCCCAUCCGCCGCGCUCGUGCUACAGUCGCUGCCGCAGCGGCGCGAGUCCUUCCUUUACCGAUCAGACUCCGACUUCGAAAUGUCGCCUAAAUCCAUGUCGAGAAAUAGCUCCAUUGCCAGCGAAAGAUUCAAAGAGGUGGAAGCCGCGCAACUGGAUAGAGCCCACGGAGAAGACUUGAUAGUGACUCCGUUCGCGCAGGUUCUAGCAAGUCUGCGCAGUGUUCGUAACAACUUCCUAAGCCUCACCAAUGUGCCGGUUGCUAAGUCCCGUAGAUCCUCUGGCGUGGCGACAGCCGCAACGCCGCAACCUAAGAACAUUAAUCCUGGAGAUGAGGCAUACAUGAAGCUCGCACUGGAAACCGUGGAGGAGUUAGACUGGUGCCUGGACCAGCUGGAGACGAUCCAAACACAUCGCUCUGUGUCCGACAUGGCUUCACUAAAGUUCAAACGGAUGCUGAAUAAGGAGCUAAGCCACUUCUCCGAGUCCAGCAAAACCGGCAACCAGGUCUCCGAAUAUAUCUGCUCUACAUUUUUGGAUAAACAACAAGAUAUCGACCUGCCAUCUUUGCAAGUUGAAGAAAAUGUUGAACGUAAACAGAAAAAAGAGAAGCCUCGCCAUAGCGGCCCGGGGACAACGAUGUCUCAAAUUUCGGGUGUUAAAAGAGCACUUACACACACCAAUAGUUUCACUGGUGAGCGUGUUCCACGAUAUGGCGUUGAAACACCACAUGAAGAAGAAUUGGGCAAGUGCUUAGGAGAACUCGACCGAUGGGGUAUCGACAUAUUUCGUAUUGGCGAUCUAUCCGGCGGACGACCGCUCACAGCUGUAGCUUAUGCAGCAUUUACAUCUCGAGACCUACUUACAACACUUCAAGUACCUGCACGAACUUUCAUAGCGUUUGCUGUGACGUUGGAAGAGCAUUACAAUCGUGAGAACCCCUUCCACAACUCGCUACACGCAGCUGACGUCGCCCAAUCUACUCACGUACUACUAAACACACCAGCACUCGAUGCCGUAUUCACACCUAUAGAAGUUUGUGCUGCACUCUUUGCAGCAUGCGUUCACGAUGUAGACCACCCUGGUCUGACUAAUCAGUUUCUGGUUAACUCUAGCUCCGAAUUAGCUCUAAUGUACAAUGACGAAUCUGUUCUUGAAAAUCACCACCUCGCUGUAGCCUUUAAACUACUGCAAAAUGAUGGAUGUGACAUAUUCGUAAACCUUCACAAGAAACAACGACAGACCUUAAGAAAGAUGGUGAUUGAUAUGGUCCUGUCGACAGAUAUGUCAAAACACAUGAGCCUUCUUGCAGAUCUGAAAACUAUGGUGGAAACUAAGAAGGUCGCUGGAAGCGGAGUUUUGUUGUUAGACAAUUACACUGACAGAAUACAAGUGUUAGAGAAUCUCGUUCAUUGUGCUGAUCUGAGUAAUCCAACCAAACCUUUACCUUUAUAUAAACAAUGGAUUCAGUUGCUAAUGGAAGAGUUCUUCCUGCAAGGAGACAGGGAAAGGGAACACGGCAUGGACAUUAGCCCCAUGUGUGACAGGCAUAAUGCCACGAUAGAGAAAUCUCAAGUUGGUUUCAUUGACUAUAUUGUUCAUCCACUAUGGGAGACAUGGGCUGAUCUUGUACAUCCGGAUGCUCAAGAUAUUUUAGACACACUUGAAGAAAACCGGGACUACUAUCAGAGUAUGAUCCCACCGUCACCACCACCAAUACCUGUUCAGUCUCAUUCAAAUCUUGAUGACGAUCGUCCUGAGCAAAUCCGAUUUCAGGUAACACUCGAAGAAGGCGAAGGAUCAGAAGAUUGUGACGAGGAAGGAGAUGGUGGGAUGUGACGGAAACUUUUGGGAAUUUGUAAGAAACUCUCUGAGAAAAUGCAAGUAUGGUGGAAGCUGUGGCAGUAGUGUCAGCUUGGCAAGCCAUGUGUGAUCGUACUCAGUUCGUCAAGCUCCGCGGCGAAAGACUCUUGUUGGAUAAUAAUAACACUUGUUUACGCUUAUAUACUGAUGGAAUGUAACGAUUGUUGUUUGUAGUCGUGUCAUUUCGAUCAUAAUUAUUUGUAUGUGAGUUAUACGCAGUGUUGUUUAGAGUUACCUAACGUCAAAAUUAUUAUAUCCCUCCACUGACUGUGUAACAAUUCGAUUGACUAGUGUUAUAUUAUACCACGGUUUUGUUUUUCUAACCAAAGAUGUAUGAAGUCGACUUUUAGUUCAAUCUCGAUUUUACUGUAAGUAGUUGUUCUCCAAUUUGUAAAAUAACAUUUUAUAAUUAGAUUUAGUCGUCGACACCAUACGUCGAUAAUUUUAAGGACAUUGAAAACGCUUAUUAAUUGGUAUGAAAGGGUAAUUUAUAUCGUCAUAUCAUCCAUAUUUCUCAUAUUAAAUACGGGUUUGCGAUACUGAUGUUGUUCAACAAAUUUAACUAACAUUACGUAUCCAUUCAACUAUUUUAAGGUAAAAUGUAAAAGGCUUUCGGAUUUGUCAUAAUGUCUUUUUGAAUAUUGAAUAUUCAGUCAGAAUCAUAAAAGACAUGAGUGAAACCGAAAUUAUUAUGGCAAAUACUUGUUUUAUCUAUUCUUCAUUCUUUGUUAUUUUACUACCUAUAGCACCUCAUUUUUUAUUAUGGAUCGCUGGCGAUCUUGUUAUUUCUCUUAGAAUAAUGUAUUAUUUUUAUAUUCCUAAUUCUAGUUUCUCACCGAAAGUCGUGAUUUAUUAUAAUAAUUUUUAGUGCAACUAACGUUUAGGGCUUGAAAUCUUAUGUGAUUUGUUUAAAAGUAUCUAACUAACCAUUGUGUGGUUUGUAACUGAAUAAAAAAAAAUAAGAGUUUUCUCGUUGUUUAAACACGUAGGCCGGAUCUUGCAAUAGUAGAUAACAAUAAUUAGGAUUUAUGGUAUAUAUGCUAUGAUUUUGGUUUUUUUUUAAAUCUACGCGCACAAUGCCUUUUAUAAGCUUUAUGAUAAUAUUCUUUAAAAUACGGAAUCCCAUACUUUUGAUGACCAAAAGAAAAAAACUUGUAUCCGCAAACUCCAUGUCAAAAUUAUUUUUGUUUAUUUCAAAUAACGACUCCCUUUGUUUUCACAAAAUAUAUUAUUCAGCAACAAUGAAUGAACCUACCUAUGUAACUUUUAGUUGACUGUAUUACGUUUGCAUUUCGUAGUAUCUAUUAAUUUAGACAACAACUAUGUUAAAAGAGCUGGUCUCUACAUUUGUAUGUACUCAAAAGAUAUUUGUUUUUUAUUUAAUGAUUCAUUGUUCCUAAAUUAUUAUUAUUUUCUUUCGUGUCAAUCCCUAGUAUUAUAACCGAAAGUAUUUCCUAAAUCAUAAGAUCCAUCUUUCAUAAAAUUUAUGUAAAGAAUUAAGGUCCAAUGUACGUUACUUUCGUAGAAUAGAAUCAUUAUCAGCUGGUUUAUUAAACUGAUAUAAUGGAUGGUAGUCUGUGGUUGUCUGUGGUUUUGAACAAUGUCGGACUUGUACACAUGUCGAUAACGACAUAAAAAUAAAACGCUUAUAUACUAAUAAUAAUUAAUGUUAUAGAUAUGUUACGCUUAGAUAAAUUUGUUUUAAAUAUUGUAUGUACGUAAUCGUUUAAAAUAAUAUUUGUACCUAUUUAUUAGUGAGUGUCGUGUACAUAGAUUGUACGAAUACACGAAAAUCUGUAAGGGUUAAUGAUCCAUCGGAAUCAUAUAAUAAUUGUCAAAUAAUAAGUACCUAUAAUUAACUCGCGUCACUAAAAAAAUUGCAAUGUAGAAGAGUAUAGUAAUACCAACUUAUCUGUGAAGUGGCAAAAAUAUGAACUACGGACGCCAUGUUGAAAUGUCAUUCGACUGUCAGUGUCAACUACUUUCGAGUGUUCCGUGUGUUUUAUUGCGAUACUUCUGAAUUUUAAGCGUUAAAUAUGCCCCGACUUUUGUGCACAUACGAAUUAAUUAGAAACACUGAAAAGACGAUGGCGACACCCAUCAGUUCACAGAUAAGUUGGUGACACUGUAACCAAUAAUUAGAGCUUAGAUAAUUUAUACGUCUAGAUAGACUGACAGUUGUGAACACGUAGAAAAACAAUGUGUGUGUACUUUCAAAUGUUAAUGCACGCAAGAAGUUAUACCUCUUUGGCCUAACAAAGCAAAAAUCCUUAAAAUUAUUUAUCCCUCGUGCUUAGUUUGUAGAAAGAACAAUAUUGUAAAAAUCUUGCAACUAUGACUGAUAAUUAGUUAUUAAAUAGCGAAUACGGCUAUGCGGGCUUGAACCCUUUGCGUAUAAUAAUGGACGAAGAUACCAAAAAAUAAUAAUAAUAAUAAAUAAAAAAAACGAAUGUCGCAAACGUCAGAAAAAUUUUAGGAACCAACUUUACCCUGUUACUUUUGUGUUAAAGUGAUGCGCGCGCAUCUUAAAAUUUCACUCUCAUAAUUUUUCAUAACGUGCCUAAAGAAGUAUAACUUCAGAAAAUUAAGGCGAACAGUUAGCCUCUGUUUUCAGCAACGCACGCACACUAAGUGACUAACGUAUUGCGAGUGUUAAACUUAGCUGUCAUCCACAUUAAAUUGUGUGCCUAUCUAGACCUGUGUAUAAAUUUUCUAAGAUUUAGAGUUACCUAUAAUAAUUAUAGACGGUAUAUCCUUCUCACAAAUUACUUACAUGUCUCUGUGUACAAGUGAAAGUUACAAUUUACAAUAUUGAUGUUUUAGCUGACUUCAUCUUAUUUGUCGAAUAUUAUCUAGGCUACUUACCAAAGAACAAAAAGUAGAUUAUAAAUUUUAUGUGCAUCUGGUAUGACACUUAUAUCGAAUUUUACUUGAGGCGAUUUCAAUGUUGUUCUAUGUGUUUGUCUGUAUGACGAACUAUUGCUAAUUGGAAGUUAAAUGAAUUUUAACAGUGUUAAAGGUAUGCAAUGCUGGUCAUAUGCAUGUCUUUUAUGUUUAAAUUAUAAUAGCUUAUUAUAGUUUAAAUAAAAUUUGAGUUGAUCUAAAAAUAUUAAUGUAUUUAGAAUAAAGAAAUAUUGAAGGAA